AAUGUCGCUAGACGAUUUUGCGACCAAGUCUUCCGACAUGUUGACUUGCUGAUGACCUGUCCGCACGCUCUCUACUAGUUUAUAAAUCGUUUUUCAUGUUGAAGUGUACAGCACAGCAAACAUUUGAUAGCUAUGUAUAUCCGGGACCUUAGUUUAAAUGGGCAACGGUCGAUGGCACAGUCACAACAGUCGAGUUUUCGUGAGCGCUUUUUGGCGCUUCAGAGUCGCCAGACGGCGAGGUUGCGUGUCAAGAAAAGUGUAUGCAAGGCAGGCGAAACGCUGAAGUUGCCUGAUCGUCUGUUGGAGAUGGGAAAUUCGGACGGUGAUGAUCUGGCUCUUCAGACUUUGACAUCACAUGGAGGAAAUGCGGGUGAUGCAAUGCAGAUGGAGUCUGCACAAGCUGAACUUGAAUGGAGAUUAAAGGAAGCUGAAGAACAGAAGAAGUCAUUAGAAGAGAAGCUGCUUGGACAGGAAUCAGAACUGAAGAAGCUACGAAAACAGAGAGAAGAAGAAAUGAAAGCUUUAGGAGACACUGGGAGCUUGGGAGCGUUGUCAAAGAUUGUUGAGUUAUCCAAAAAGAAUCGUGAAAUGACAGCCGAGUUGGAGGCCGAGAAGAGUCGAGUGAGACGACUCAAUGGUCAGAUCAAGUUACUAGAAGAAAACGUCAUAUCACUUUCAUCUAAAGUUGAGAGCACCAACGAUCAAGACAAAUGGUCUGUGGAGGCAUCCGAUGGGGACACAAAUGAUGUUGAAAAGUUGACAAGCCAAUGCAAUAAACUAGAAGAAAAGUUGGCAAGAGCUACUUCCAAGUUAACUGAGAUGAGAAAUCAAUGUCAGCAGUACAAGCGAGAUUUAAAGACAACACAAAUGGCAUUGGCCAAAGAAGUUGGCGAAGGCGUCUCGGUGUCUGAUCUUUUGUCGACUCCGUCAGGUUGGAGAGGAAGGUCACAACAGAUCUUAUCGUUGCAGAAAAAGGUGCAUCAACUACAGCAGCAGUUAGAUUACUACAAGAAGAGUGCUAACGGGCAGAGUCCUGAUACGAAAUCUGGACAGCAGCUAAGAACGGUUUCUGUUGAUACGAGUGCUGCUUUGUCUCAUGUUGAACUUAAACAUCGUUCAAUGCUCAAACAGCUGGAGACUGAUAAGAAACAAACGCAGCAGCAACUUGCAUCUGAACUCCAAUCACUCCAGACAGAGCACAGCACAUUGAAACAAAAAUUUGACGCAAUGAUGGCAAGAAACAAAACAGUAACUGCAGCAUUAAAGGACGCACGACAGCAAGUGAACGUCUUGCUCGACAAAGAAAAGCACGACAAUCAACUUAUUGCCACGUUGAUGGCUCAACAAUCAGACUUGAAUGAUUCGAGACCAUCUAUUGCACAGUUAGAGAAACAGUGGCAACACAAUCAUCAAAUUGUGCAGCGAAAAUCUCCAGCUGAUUUUACUGCAAGUAGAAUCCGAGCUUCCGAGUCAAGAUCAGCUCCUUCCAUUGGGAAGACAAGUGGAACCAGGAUAAUGUCCCAGAUGAAGCGUCCGACAACUGGUUGUGGUGUGUUAUCCAGAAGUGAUGACAUCAGAAACAUGCGCGAUCUGAACUGUCAGCUGCAAGAGCAGAGGACUCGGUGUCAGGUCGCCGAGGUGGAACGAGAUCGUUUGUUGCAGCUAGUUUCGACACUCAAAAGAGAACUCGACGACACCAAACAAGCAGCCAUGGCCGCUCUGGUCAAUCUCAACUCGGAGAGACGCAACGCAGCGCUUCUUUCAACGAAAUUAGACGAGAGCAAGCUGCGCGCAUCACAACCCAACGAGACUCACCCAUAUUUGGAUGAUCUCCAACAAAGAUUGGCUCGUCAAGAGGAGGAGAACGCGAUCAUGCGUCGGGCAAUCGCCGACCUGCGCAAAGAGAAGAAGACCGACAUGGAAAUGUACACAGAAUUGCACAGACAGACGAAGCAAAUCUUUCUAGAAGGCGUGCGUCGAGUUAAAUCGGAUGCGAUGUCAGGGGUGUGGUCAACGGCACGUGAUUAUUGCUUGUAG